UGCGCUCGCCCACCCGCCGCGCGCUGCCCUUCGGCCGCGCCGUCCUUGGGCCGCCCCGCCCUGCCCCGCCAUGGCGGCCCUCAUCCCGCUGCUGCUGCUGCUGUUGACCGUGACCGGGCCCGGCCAUGCCCAGCGCGACCGACCCGGCAGCAUCGCCGUGGUGGGCGGCGGGAUCGGCGGAGCGGCCACCGCGUUCUUCCUGCGGCAGAGGUUCGGGACAGGUGUGCGGCUGCACGUGCUGGAGCGCGGGGUGCUGGGAGGGCGCCUGGCGACGCUGCAGGUGGAGGGGGGCAGCUACGAGGCGGGGGGAUCCGUCCUGCACCCCCUCAACCUGCACAUGAAGCACUUCGUCAAGGAGUUGGGCCUCUCAGUUGCCCCAGUGCACAGCACCCUCAUGGGUGUUUAUAACGGGGAAGAGUUUGUGUUCGAGGAGAGCAGCUGGUAUCUCAUCAACCUCCUCAAACUACUCUGGCACUACGGGCUCAACCCCCUGCGCAUGUACAUGUGGGUGGAGGACAUACUGGACAAGUUCAUGCGGAUCUACCGCUACCAGACGCAUGAUUAUGCCUUCAGCAGUAACGAGCGCCUGCUUCACGCCCUGGGAGGGAAUGACUUCACCCAAAUGCUGAACCAAACCAUCGAUGAAGCCAUGCAGAGAGCCGGCUUCUCCCAUAAGUUCAUCAAGGAGGUAGUUUGCCCAGUCAUGAGAGUGAAUUACGGGCAAGGUGUCAACAUCAAUGCUUUUGUAGGUGCUACGUCUCUGGCAGCGGUGGAAUCCGGCCUUUGGUCCAUAAAAGGGGGGAACAAACUCGUCUGCACUGGCCUUCUCUCCUCCUCCAAAGCUGAAGUGAUCCCUGGCAUGGUUCUGUCUAUAGAGCCAAAAAUCAGACCCACACGCACAGGAGACCCGGUGAAGCUCUACCAGGUCACUUACAACACUUCAUCUGGACUAACGGCAGAUACGUACGACAUCGUCAUCAUUGCUGCUCCGCUGGGCCGCAAAAUGGCCAACAUCACCUUCAAGAAUUUUGACCCUCCUGUCCCAGAGUUCCCAAAUAAUUACCACCAGACUGUCACAACCUUAGUCCAUGGACGAUUAAAUGCCUCCUUCUUUGGUUACCAGGACCCCUCUGCCUUCAGUCUUGGUGCCAUCUUCACUACAGAGAAUCCCAAACUGUUCAUCAACAGCAUUGAGGUGGUGUCUCCCGUGGAAGACGUCAGUGCUGAAGGGAAGCUGCCCUUGCAAUCAGCCGUCUGGAAGGUGUUCUCCAAGGAGGUACUCACCAAGGAGCAGCUUCACUUGCUGUUCUCCUCCUAUGACUCUGUUACGGUGAAGACAUGGUUGGCGUAUCCCCACUACAGCCCCCCGGAAAAAUGCCCUCCCAUCAUCCUCCAUGACCGAGUCUACUACCUGAAUGGCAUUGAGCGGGCAGCGAGUGCCAUGGAGAUGAGCGCCAUUGCAGCCAAAAAUGCCGCCCUGCUUGCUUACCACCAGUGGUACGGGAUCGCUGACAGGAUUGACCAGGAAGAUUUGCACGAGAAGCUGAAAACGGAGCUUUGAGCCACAUGGAGCUGACAGCCGGAUCCUCGUGGGAGGACCUACACUACAACCUCUGGAAACGAAUCAUUUGCUGCAGCUGUUUAGCCAUAAUUAACACUAAUGAAUGAGGAACUCUGCUUUGCUCGUAAGGAAGAGACACCCAGCCAACUCAGCAAGCCAGUUGGCUACAACAGUGGUGGAAAGGCAGAGGAAACUUCCCUGAGGCAUCUAGACCUUCCUCAAGCAAGCUUCUCAAGCUACUCCUAUGCAAAAGUAGAGUUUUAAAUGCCAUAGUGACCCCAAAAGUGCCCUCCAUGGUAAAGAGUCUACUAAAUUCAGGAUCUGCGUCACUGUGAUUAACCCACAGAUGUCGCUUUCCUUCUCUGGAAGUGUUUCAGGCUGGGGGAAGAAACAAAAAAA